AAGUCGACGAAGAAGAAAAGUUUGGGGUAGAUGAGGAGGGAGGGGACUCCGGAGAGGAACUGUAGUAAUCGGACAGCGAGCAUGACCGACGCCGAGGCGCAGAGCGCUCCACCUUCGGCACCUGUGGAGGAAAAGCCACAGCCUGAGAGGAAAGUUAUAGCCACCCUGGUCCAAGGCACAGUGAAGUGGUUCAACGUGAGAAAUGGAUAUGGCUUCAUAAACAGGAAUGAUACCAAAGAAGACGUUUUUGUUCAUCAGACUGCUAUCAAGAAGAACAACCCUAGGAAAUUCCUCCGCAGUGUGGGAGACGGGGAGGUUGUAGAGUUUGAUGUGAUUGAAGCAGCCAAGGGCUCAGAAGCAGCCAAUGUAACUGGUCCUGGAGGUGUUCCAGUCAAGGGCAGUCGCUAUGCACCCAACAAACGCCGCUUCCGUCGACGGUUCUUCCCUCGCAGCCCUCAGCCUGGUGACCAGGGUAAACCAGCUGAUGGCCAGGGCCCCUCUGUUGAGGGCGAGACGUCAGGGGAGAAUGGUGGAAUAAGACCUCAGCAGCGCCGCCGUAGGCCACGCAGACCUCGACAGGAGGGACAAGAUGGUGAAGAUGGAGAGGUAAAAAAUGAAGUAGACGAGAAUGACCAAACGCAGCGACCGCCACAGCGCAGAUUCUGGCGCCCAUACCGAAGACCGUUCCGCCCUCGCCCGCCUCCUUAUCAUGCUGAAAACGACCAGCAGGCUGCUCCAGAAAAGAGCCCGGAGCAAGGCGAGGUGACGCAGACGGAGGGCUCUGAGGGGCCUCAGACCACCGGGGAAACAGCCGAGGGUCAGAAACAACAGCGCCAGUCUAGACGUCGCAGGCAAAGGAACUCAGAGUCCUCAACCUCGAAAAACGAUACAGAGAAGUCUGCAUCAGAGCCUGGAACACCCCCUCAGACCUCAAAACCAGCCGACCUUAAAUCCACAUCUAAAUCACCAAAGGCCUCCCCCAAAACCUCUGCUAAAACCCCCAAAUCCACUGAGGAGGCAGCUGCCACAACAGUCCCAGCACCAACAGAGUGACGUUGGUGAGAGGACAGUCACACAACCCUUGGCAUGAGGUCCUAGGGUUGGAGGACUGGACCUUUUUCAGAACACAUGCACUGCUCUCCCCUCCCUGCACUCCCCCAUCCUCUAACCCCAACCUCAUCUCACUGUCAUGCCUCACACCCCCCCCUCAUCUUGUCUUGUGUUGUCCUGUUUAGUAGAGGGAUGAGUUGGGAGAGAAGGGGAUGCAGGUGGGUGGUGGGUGUGUAUUUAGAAAUUGAAAGUACAUCUUUAUGAAGAAAAAUGGGAAAGAAUGGACAAUCUGCUUGGUAGCCCAGUUAUUCCAGCCUCCCUUUAAAAUCUAUUUUUCUUUAAUUGCUUAGAUGGGACACAUCAAGUAGUUUAUAGAGGAACCAGCCUUGAUUUUUAUUUGACUUUUUAAUUUGGUUGAAGAGGGAAAACCAAGCAGUUGUGAGGUUGGUGGUGCAUUAUGGGAGUCAGUUUAGUUCUGUUACCACCUCAAUCAGUCCUGAAAACAUACGACUCCCUUCGUAUCCUCAGUGGAGGAUAGAUUGAUAAAAGGGAAACUUUUUUUUGUUUUUUUUUGUUUUACUUAUUUGUGUGUUUUUCUUUGGAGGGGAUUAUGUGCAAUGUCAGUACUUAAAAAAAUGCUAAUUAAUAAACCAUGUUUGCAAAUCUC